UUGGAUUUGAACGAUCCUGAUUUUUUACCUAAACUACAUGACAAAUAUUUUCCUGAUUUGCCCAAGGAAAUUGAUAAAUUGAAAUGGAUGGAACCGAUUCCUGUUUCUGAUGACCAAAAAAACAAAUCGUUUGUUUAUGAUAACGUUGACCAGUUGCGAUUUGAUUUCAAAGGCAACUUGAUAAAUCCUAACAAUUUAACUCCCCUUCAACAAAAUUUUCAAAAUGGUUUAUAUAACCACGCUGAUAGUCCAAACAUACCUGGUUAUUCGCUAUCAGAAUUGUCGAGAUUAAGUCGAUCGAAUUUUCAACCUCAAAGAUGCAUUGCUAUUCAAACUUUGGGCAGAAUACUAUAUAAACUAUCCUCUAAAAAAUAUGACAAUAUCCUACAAAUCGAAGACCACAUCUCCAGUGAUGAAUCCGAACUAGACGAAUUCUACAACCAAGCAUGGAAAACAGUUCACAAAUUAAGAAUAAUAGACUCUCUAAGUGAGGCCUCUGAUGAAAACUUGACAAGAAACCUUAGUGUCAGAAACUAUGCUUUAGAUGCUCUUUGGUUAUGGAAACAAGGUGAAUCGGAU